CGAUCGACUCCGAAAAUUCUGACCCAAAAAAAACUGAAUUCACACGGUCAGGAGCACGCAAUGAAUCGCACCAACUGUAGGCGGCUCGUAACAAAAGGAUUACAAUAGAGGGGAGUGGGCGAGUGUCUCUCGAACGAGGCCAUUGCGAUUCAGCGCCUAACGAUUAGUCAUUUUGGUACAUUCUGUGUAUUCCACGGGUAUUCACACAUUCAACAGUUAAAAUAUCUUCACUUGUGUACGUCAGUGCGAAACUGCAGUGCAUCAGGCAGAUGCAUUAUCAUUCUUCCCGAAUACGUGAGGAAUUAACUUCAUCUAGUGACGCAUUUUCAGAGGAUUGAGAGGCUAAUUCACUCUACAAAUUCAUGUAGAUUAUUGUUGAUCGUCAUUAGUGCUCCGUAGUGAUCGAAAAAAAUCAUCUUGUGAUAGAAUCAUCAUGUUGAUUCUUGUGUAGAUUAUUUUAGAGUCGUAGAAGCCAGAAUUUCGUUGGACCAUUCGUUUUUUCAUUAGUUUGUGGGAGAAGUAUACUUGAGACAUGCCUGACAGUGAAGCGGUUUAUCAACCCACUACUGUGGGGUAUACCUAUGAGACCGGUGGUGAUAGUCAUGAGGUUGGGGGUGGUUCUGGACUGAGGAAUGGAUUCUCCAGGAUCAUGUUCAGGCACAAAGUCAGCACGAGGAAAUGGCUGGAGUGGGUAUUGUUGUCGGUGGCACUCUGUGCUACUGUUGCAGGAUUCACCACACUCGUUGUUAAUCUCGUGGCUUCUGAUGGAGUACCUGUGCCUAAUAAUAGUACUCAGGCUGAUAGUAAACCCCAGUCAGAUUCAAAUGGAGGCACCAAAGUGGAGGAUAAAGCUCCAGAAGAUCCAUCCCGUGGAUCUCUAGCCGUUGGAGCCUGCAUAACCCUUCUGGGUGUUUCGAUGGGCGCCCUGUGGAUCUGGAUGCGCUUCUUCCGCCGUGGUGGCAAGUCCCAGAGGGGUGGUGUGAGUCGUGCCAGUGGACAGAUGUUGGGCGGUUUGAAUCCAUCAACUGACUUGCUGGUGGGUUCCACUUCGCAGUACGGGCCAGUACUUACGGAGGUGCCAAGCCAGAUGACAGUUAAGCAGAUUGUCAAUGAUAAUCGGGCUGUACCGCUGUCCGAUCAGGAGGAGGAGACUUACACGUUGAUGGAGGAUGCCAGUGGUAAUUUCAAGAGAACUGACAAUGCGCAGGAGAACAACAUCAACAAUCAGAACACAGGCUGAUUUACUCUGCAUCUCAACUGUACUCAAUAAAAUACUGGGAUCUCCUCAAGAAAAUGAAAAAUCAUAAUAUUAAAUGUAGAUUCGCUCACUAUCCCGAUGGAUAACAAGCAUCCUAUUUGAGUAAUAAUUUUAAAAAAUCUACCUUCCUCAAUAAAGAAAUAUUAUAUUUUUUUUAAUAGGUUGUAGAUGAGCCACAAAAUCGAAAAAAUAUUUGUCAAGUAUUUUAAAUCAUUCUCAAUGGUUAUAAAAAUACUUUUUCGGUUUAAAUUGUGGUCCGAUAGAUUUUGUUAGUUCGUAGAGAGCUCUGUGAUGCCGCGGAAGCGAGUCACCUCGCGACCCAAUGCACAACGACUUCAAGGAAAAUUGAAAUUGAAAAAAAAAUGAAACCAAUACCAGAACAAUGCAUAUAAGAAAUAUUGAAUGAGGGAUUAUUCCUCUCGUGUACUGUAUGCAUGAAAUUAAUGACUGUUUAUCUUUUUUUCUAUUUUUUAAUAUGAUGAGUUGAAUUUAGGUACAUACUCCAAGAGAUAACCAAAUCAUUCACACAUUUCGUCGGUUUUUGUAGUUAAUUUUAUUCCGUCCAUUACACAAAACUUGUACAAUUGGGUCGAGCUUAAAGAAAACUAUACCUUCGAACAAUUUUCAUGAUUGUUGAGUAAUUAGUUACUGAGCAAUUGCUAUAAACAUAUUAUUGACCAUGAUUAUUUUUAAUGUUACGUUGUGUUUCAUUUUAUUAUUGAAUUUAUGUACCAUUAUACUAUGAAUAUAUGAACGGAAAUAAA